GCCAUGUUUAGCUGCUUUGUUGUAGAUUUCUUGUAGGUUUCCUGCAGAUUUUUUUUAAGGGUUGCAAUGGAGCCGAGCUGGAGUUCAUUUUUAUUUCAGCAUACCAAUGAAGCCCUCCACCACCAGCAUCAGAACAGCCUGCUGCCGCUGCUCAACUCUGGGAAUGAGCCACUGGAUCAAAAGCCUGUUCUUCCCAUUCCUCUCGACCAGAAGCCCACGGUCAGUGACCUACUCAAGGACAACAUGUCCAGUGGGGCAGGUGGAAGGGGAGGAGGAGGGGGCAGUGGCGGCGGUGGUCCGGUGGUUGUAAAGAAGGAGCCCAAGUCAAAAACCCCCUUCAUAUGCGGCUACUGCAACAAGGCAUUUCGAGACAGCUACCACCUGAGGCGGCACGAGUCCUGUCACACGGGCAUUAAGAUGGUGUCACGGCCCAAGAAGACAACCACGGCGCCCACCAUGGUGCCUCUCAUUUCCACUGUGCCACGGGACAACAACGGAAUUCCCUCCUACGUGUCCACAGUGGCAGGCAUCCUCACCACGGCCACCACCUCGGCAUCCACGGGCAUUGGUGUUAUGUCGGCCCUGCCUCAGCAACAGCCAGCCAUACCCAAAAAGCCCCCCAAACCGGUGAAGAAGAACCACGGCUGCGAGAUGUGUGGUAAAGCCUUCCGCGAUGUCUACCACCUCAAUCGUCACAAGCUCUCACACUCAGAUGAGAAGCCUUUCGAGUGCCCCAUCUGUCACCAGCGCUUCAAGAGGAAGGACCGUAUGACCUACCACGUGCGCUCUCAUGACGGCGGCGUGCACAAGCCAUAUAUCUGCUCCGUUUGUGGGAAGGGCUUCUCUCGACCAGAUCAUCUUAGCUGUCAUGUCAAGCAUGUGCACUCCACAGAACGACCCUUUAAAUGCCAAGUAACAGCCUGUACAUCAGCCUUCGCUACCAAAGACCGUCUGCGCUCACACAUGAUAAGGCAUGAGGGCAAGAUCACCUGCAACAUCUGUGGGAAGAUGCUGAGCGCCGCCUACAUCACUAGCCACCUCAAAACCCACGGGCAGGCCAACUUCAACUCCCCCUGUAACAAAGACUCUAACAACGUGUGCAACUCUUCUUCAGCCAUGCCAGUCACUCCUUCUUCUGCAUCCAACACUACGGCCAUGAACCGCGGCAGUAUUAGCAACACCGUCACCAUCGCCGCCCAGAUGAACAUCACCACCAACACGGUUAACAUCACCUCCCCCAUUGGCCUGCAGCACCCGGUCACCAUCACUGCUCCAGUCAACAUCGCCUCCGUCAACAUCCCAGCCACGGCACCAAUGAACAUCGCCCACCCUGUCGCCAUCACCUCGCCCAUGUCAAUGAACAUCACCGGUCCCCUCAACAUCGCCAUGCGUUCGAUGGAUAGCAUGUCUUUCCUCUCACAGGUCCUGCCUUCCUCCCCACCAUGGUAAAAUUGAGCCUUGCCUCCGCAUCCUAAAAGCCCACCUUUCCUCGUAAACUUCAUGUCUCCUGUUUAGUCCUCUCCAGCUAUGAGGAAAAAGAGCCUGGCAAGUAUAGGGAAUGUCUCAAUGAAGGCAGUCUGCAGCAUCUAGGAUUACAGACAUCAUGUGGAAGUUAGCUGGCACUUUGUGUCUCCUUUGGUCGAUUAAAGGAUAAGCAGAUCGAGAUUGUCUAGAGUUUAGUGAGGACAAAAAUAGUAAUUGCAUGGAGUGGAAGCGGUAUGUUUGGUGAUUUCACUUUUCUAGUGCCAGAAAAUCCUUGCCGUUUGGCUAUAUGAAGCGGAGCAGAUUGCCCUCUUCAGAUAGUGUACAUUUGUUAGUGUUAACGGUUCAAGGACUUUGGCAAAUGUUAACUGUGAGGAUUUUAUUUUUGUUACAUUUGCUUGCUUAUCAGUAUUUCAUAGUUUUAUGCAUUUUAAUGAGUCAUGUACAACAAAAGGGACAGUGUUCCAGUAAUGGAAGAUGAGAGGGUUUUUUUAUGUUUUGUUUGUUUGUUUGUUUGUUUGUGUUAAGACAAUACUCUAUGAAAUGAGGAAAACUAAAGUUUAGUAUAAGUUUUUAAAAGGCCUUCUUCAAUUGGAAGCCUUUUAAUCUAUAGCUGUGAUUUUAUUUUUAUUAUUAUAAUAAUUAUUAUUCUUUAUAUGUAAUCUUUGGUAUUAGAAGUCGUAGAAAGCAUGCACAUCCAAACAAUAUAAUGAAUACAGGUGCAUGACCAAAAAAGUAUGUCCACAAAAACUCCAGAAAAGUCUGUUGCUCCCAAAAAAUUUAAUGAGCUCACCACAGAAAUUAACAAAUGUGACGUGACGUUUCAAGCUACAUGCUUUUCAUCAGACUCAAAUCUUUGGUAUUGGUCAUUCCUGAUUGUAGAAUAAUUAUGUUCUUGGUUCAAUAGCUGGGAUAUUAUUCUGCUUAGAGGGGUUGGACAUUACAGUAACAAUCUGAUUAAAUCUCUUUGGUGAUAUUCUGAUGGCAGUAUUAUUUCAGAUCAAAUAUUUUCAGCGUUGGUUGUUAAACCUAUUCAUAUAGAUGCCUGGUCACUUAAUGGCCAACUUCAAAACACUGAAAGGUUAUUUUUAUCCUAAGAACAUUUUAGUUUUGUAACCAUAACUUCUCUGCUCUUUCUCAUAUGGAUGAGGGCUGUUUUCCUAAGGACCUUUUGCUCAGGAACUUUGCUGAGGGUGUCCCACUUACUCUUGUAGUACAUAGCAUCAUGCAUAACACUCUUCCAAAACUUUUUUGUAUGCUAUUAAUUAACACACUUCAUAUUCUUGCCUUUGUUGAUGAAAACUGAGAUGCACCUCAGAGGCCAGGUUGCCAAGAACUUUAUAGGUGCUGACAUGGCCAUCCAUCACAGGAGUAAAAAGUUAAAAAACUUUGUUGCAUGUUCGUUUACCCCAGUCAAAGUAUAAACCAAAUCUGCCUUUGAAUUUCAGGUUUCUCAUCGUUUACUGUAUCCCUGCUCCAAAUAAUUGUUUGACGAUAAUUCAAAAAGAGUCAAAAUACUUGGACAUUGAUGUUCGUUUUGGUUUUAGGCACGGCAAACUUGUACACCAUGUCCUAACAUCCAUGACCACGUCAACUCGCAAGCGACAGGAUGUUUUGUCAAUCACUUGGUUUUUAUCUCAGUGGUGUCUCACUGGUUAGCCCCACCCACUGUGAAAUGUCAUUGGCCCAAAAACUGUACAUUUAAACAUCAAAUAUGUUCUUAUAGGCUGUGAUUGUGGCACAUCACGCAGAAGUUUCACGUUCAGUGUGGACAUGCAAAUUGCUUGUGAAACUUGUCGUAUCACGCCUGGCAAGGACAUGAUGAUAAGGCCAGAAGAAAUAUUUUCAAAGCAGCUUUUCUCUUUGCUUUUCUCUCCCUUUUGGAUAUUAAAGCAAUAUGCCUUUCUUAGUCCUCAUGUUCACCCAGCCAGAUAACUGUAUUGCCCAUCUUUUUGUAAUUAAAUGGGGAAACUAAUGCAAGGUAUUUUGUCAUGUGUUGCCCUCUCAUCUAGGGUUGUGUGAGCUUGUGUGAUAUGAAUGACUUUCAAACCCAGAGUAAAACCAGAUGAAUGUGAUCAUUCUUUAAGUAAUGAUUUCAUAGCUACCAUUGCCAAAUGAGUUUAGUUUGUAUUAACUGACACUCCAGUGUUUCUCAACUUACUAUGACAGUGUUGUCCAUUGUACCUGGUAGCGAAAAGUUUGUAGUCUUAAGUUAGUAUUACAUGGACUGACAUGUAGGGUUGUAAACUCUGAAAUCACUCAAUGGCCUGAACAAUAUUUCCUAAUAUAUUUUUUUCUAAAUGUUGCCUUGUUUAGCUUAUGGUCCCGUUCAGACGUAAUGCAUUAUUGCACUUAAAAAGCUAGAAGCUGAACGAAUGUGUCACAAGAUGAGUGAGUAUUUUAAAAGUUCAAAGGCUGCAAUACUAUGCGAGAUGCUGAAAAAACACGCAGCGCAACAGUCAGACACUUAUUCACAAUAAUGCAUUGGGUGUGAACGGCCCCUUAGGCAUCUUAUUUUGGCUGAGUUUCAAGAACUGGAAUUUGAGGAAUGUGAUUGAAAAACACUACAUAAAAUGAAAAUAAGGUUUAGAAUUGUACUUUGAUAAAUGUCUGUCCUUCCUCAAUGGCAUCACUUCCGUGCCUGAACUGCAUGUCUGAAAAUGCCACAGUGAAACAAGUCUUUUCUGCCAGGCUAGCAGCGCUUGGCGAUGGAAACUGCCUGGGCGGCCAACUGCGGUUUAACUGUUUACCAAAUGUGUGUGGAGAUUUAGAAUCUAUUUUGCAUAUGGAAUAUCAAGUUGUCAUGUUUGAGAAAUAAUGAAUUUGUUAUUUUUUUUAAUCUUAUAAAGUAUUGUUGACAUGAAUUUACUCCUUAUGUGUUAGUAUCUUAUAAAGAACACUUUUGUUUAAAUUGGGGGGAAGGCAUCAGUUUUGGAUUGGAGAUUUAAAAAUCUUUGUCCAGUCUUUUCUUUUGUGUCCUUUUGAUGAGUUGGCAAACCCAUUCGAAGGCCAAUGAAUGUAUAUCUUUGUACAAAACCAUUUAGCUCAGAGAACGUGGUAGUUAUGAUAGACACGCAAGGAAAAAACACAAUUAAAAUAACCUUUUAUAAGACUUUUUGUAUUAGAACAUUAACAUUGGUAAUUUUGUAUAUAUGAAGAGUAGGCUUUUUUGGUUAGCAUAAAGGUAAAACAUUCCUGUUUUUUGUUUUGUUUUUUUAUGUAUGUCAAGAAUAAUUAUGUAAACACAUUGCGCAAUGUUUUACGUGCCUUUUUAUUUGGGUUGUCUAAAUAAAAGAAC